CAAAGGCAUGCGCGUGCGGCGGUCCAUUGAUAAAGCUCGCGAUUUUAGUCAGUUCAGUGCGGACUGCCGAGCGAGGCGGACGUGUGUGCGCGACAUCGCGCUUAUCGUGCCAUCCUUCCGGUGAACACAUCACCACGGCUGACUGUAGUCACUGAAGCAACGACCCCUCACUUGGACCCUCCAGCCAGGAUCACUUCACUGGCAUGGGUGAUGGUGCCAAGAUGACAUUGUGGUGGUGUGUGGCGCUGGCGGCGCUAGUGGCGGGGCAGGCGGAGCGCGCCGCCACGCCGCGGCCGAGGCACUGGGCGCGCGCCGCCAGGACCAUGGAGGAGCGGGCGCCGAGGCACUUUGUGGGGCCUCACGUAUGUCGCAGCCGCAACAGCACGCAUUGCUGCCCGGGGUGGACCUCCCGACCCAACUCUCUACUUUGUAUCGUCCCAAUAUGCCGCACGGACUGCGGCGGGCCGGGCGCCUGCAUCGCGCCCAACAUGUGCCGCUGCCCGGGCGGGCAGGAGGCGCCCUCGUGCCUGGGCGGCGGCGGCCUGGCUGCCUACCCUUACCCUGCGCGCACGGCGGGCGGGUGCCGGCGCAUCUGCAUGAACGGCGGCACGUGCAGCAACGCCACUUGUGCCUGCGCACCCGGCUGGACCGGAGACUUCUGCACCGAGCCGAUCUGCCGGGAGCCAUGUCUGCACGGCGGCAGAUGUAUCGCUCCGGACCGCUGCGUGUGCUUCCACGGACUCUCAGGCACACGAUGUGAGAUCGACAGACGAACAGGCCCAUGCUACACAGACACGCGCGGCGCGCUCUGCACAGGCGCACUAGAGGGCGUGGUCUGCACCAAGCAGCUGUGCUGCGCCACCGUGGGCGCCGCGUGGGGACACCCGUGCGAGCGCUGCGCUGAUCUCGACUGCCCCCAGGGGCAUCUGAGGAAUCUGGCUACUAAGGAGUGUCAGGACAUAGACGAGUGCCUGGCCGUGCCCGGGCUGUGCGGCGGCGGGCGCUGCGUGAACUCGCCCGGCUCCUUCUCCUGCGAGUGUCCCGCCGGCCAGCGGAGGCACCCGGCCACCAACAACUGCGCCGACAUCGACGAGUGCGAGGACCCCGACAUCUGUGCGAACGGCAAAUGCGUGAACACUGAAGGCGACUACUACUGCUUGUGCAACCCGCACUUCAUCCCUAGCCCUGAUAAGAAGUUUUGUAUCGACGGUCGCGUAGGCGACUGCUUCACGUACCUGAGCGAGACGGGCGAGUGCUCCGACCGACUCAACGUGCCGCUGUCCAACCGGGACUGCUGCUGCGGGUACAACAUGGGCCGCGCGUGGGGGUCGCUCUGCGCGCCUUGUCCCCCGCGCCCUUCUACUGAAUGGUCGCACCUGUGCGGCGGGACGGCAGUUCCCCCCGACUGGCGGCGCAACAACGGCACCUGGGGCGGGGGCGGCAACGGCGGGGGCGGCAUCAGCGGGGGCGGCAACAGCGGCGGCGGCGAGUGGGGCAGCCGCGAUCGCCCCGCGCAGCCGAUCGUCAAGAUAAACGAGUGCAUGCUGAGGAAUGCUAUUUGUGGAUUGGGGAAUUGCGUGGAUAAGGAUGUUGGCUACCAGUGCGACUGUUGGGACGGCGCGGAGGCCACGCAACAAGACGGGAACCCCACUUGUAUCGACAUCGACGAGUGUGCCUUGGGCUACUGCCAAGGCGGCACGUGCAUCAACAAGCCGGGCUCGUUCGAGUGCCGCUGCCCGCCCGGCUUCGACCCCGUGGAGGGCGGGCGCCGCUGCAGUGACAAGAACGAGUGUGAGAGCACCAAUGGGGGGAUGUGUACCAAUGGGGUGUGCACUAAUAUUGAUGGCGGUUUCGAGUGCACAUGCAACCCCGGCUACGAGGCGACGGGCAGCGGCGCGGCGUGUCGCGACGUGGACGAGUGUCGCGACAACCCGCGCGUGUGCCGCCGCGGCCGCUGUCGCAACUCGCCCGGCUCCUACCAGUGUCUGUGCGAGCCGGGCUACGAGGCCACCCCGCCCGGCUACUGUGUGGAUGUCGACGAGUGCCGCGACCAGACUGUCUGUCAGGGCGGCAGAUGCGUGAACGGCGAGGGUUCGUUCCAGUGCGUGUGCGAGGCGGGCUACCGGCCCACGCCCGACCGCGGCGCCUGCGUCGACGUGGACGAGUGCACGGAACUUAAGGUUUGUCGAAAUGGUCGGUGCCACAACAACCCUGGCUCGUUCAAGUGCGAGUGUUUCCCCGGCUUCACGCUCAGCAACGACGGACGUACUUGUCUUGAUGAGGUUCAAGAUUUAUGUUACGAGAAAUACGAAGAGGACCGUUGCCAAGGUCCGGGACAAACGCCAGUCACUAGAUCUCAAUGUUGCUGCAGUGCUGGGAAAGGUCUUCAACUUGGUUGGGGCGUGUCCUGCAAGAAAUGCCCUGAGGCAGACUCAGAGGAAUACAAGAUCCUAUGUCCCGAAAGUCCGGGCAAGGACAACGAUGGCACUGACAUUAACGAGUGCACUAUGAUCCCGGGGAUUUGUGCCCAUGGAGCUUGCGAGAACUUAGACCCUGGAUAUAGGUGCAUGUGUGAUCCUGGCUUCCAUCCGGACGCCGACGGCAUUUGUACUGACAUUGACGAAUGCGAUAUGCAUCAAUCGUACUGCACGGGUGGCCAGUGCCGCAACACAGCCGGCUCCUUCACGUGCGUGUGUCCGCCGGGCACGCGGCACGAGCCCGAGGCGCAGUUGUGUCGCGACGUGGACGAGUGCGGUGAGCCCCACGUGACCGAGGUCUCCGGCCGCGGCGAUAUACCCGCGCUGUUCCUGCAGCCAGGAGCGACGUCCAAUCCGUGCGACAAUGGCCGCUGCAUCAACACUCACGGCGGCUACGAGUGCGAGUGUGAACCAGGAUUCGUGUUGGAUGCUAGCGCCAGACAUUGCCUUGACAACCGCCGCGGCUCGUGCUGGCGCCGCGUGGUAGAAGGGCAGUGCGAGGCGGCGGCGCCGGGCACGCUGCUGCGCCAGGAGUGCUGCUGCAGCGUGGGGCUGGCGUGGGGCUCCCCCUGCGAGCCCUGUGACGUCGAGCACUGCCCGUGCCCUAAGGGCUUCGCUAAGUUGGACGGUGCGACGUGCCGCGACGUGGACGAGUGCGCGCUGGACGCGGAGCUGUGCGCGGGCGGCGAGUGCGUCAACACGGACGGCUCCUACCGCUGCGAGUGUCCGCGCGGACUCACGCUCGACCCUACUGGUAACCGCUGCACAGACACUCGCGUGGAAACAUGCUACGCAGUCUACAGCGGCGGGCGCUGCUCGUCUCCUCUACAGGGGGCCGCGGGGGGCGCGGGGGGCGGGGCGCUGCGGGCCGUGUGCUGCUGCUCGUCGCUGGGCAAGGCGUGGGGGGAUAACCGAUGCGAGCCGUGUCCUAGACGAGGAACCGACGCCUACCGCGACCUCUGCAUAUCCGACGCGGAUGGCGGCACCACCAUCUGGGAGCGACCUAAUGGACCCGGCGGGGUUGGCUUCAACGGCACCAACAUUUGGAACCAAGCUGGCGGAGGGGUUGGCCCAAACGACGGCGGAGACUUGUGGGGCAAUAACUUCGGGAAUGGCAGUGAUGGCGGUUGGGGCAGUGGCACUGGGAAUGGAUUGGUUCCAGGGCAUAUGGAUGUGAAUGAGUGUGCGGCCUUUCCAGGGUUGUGUGGGCACGGGAGGUGCAGAAAUAUGCCGGGCACGUUCACUUGUGACUGUUUCCCGGGUUAUGAACAGGACUCAAACAACCACACCUGCGUGGACGUGGACGAGUGCUCCAUAGUGGACGACGUGUGCGGCGCGGGCACGUGUCACAACACGCCCGGCGCCUUCACCUGUCUGUGCCUGCCCGGGCACACGCCCGACCCGCUCAGCAAAGUGUGUGUGGGUGAGUUGUCUCAUAUGUUGAGUGGUGUGGACGUGGACGAGUGCUCCAUAGUGGACGACGUGUGCGGCGCAGGGACGUGUCACAACACGCCCGGCGCCUUCACCUGUCUGUGCCUGCCCGGGCACACGCCCGACCCGCUCAGCAAAGUGUGUGUGGGUGAGUUGUCUCAUAUGUUGAGUGGUGUGGACGUGGACGAGUGCUCCAUAGUGGACGACGUGUGCGGCGCGGGGACGUGUCACAACACGCCCGGCGCCUUCACCUGUCUGUGCCUGCCCGGGCACACGCCCGACCCGCUCAGCAAAGUGUGUGUGGACAUAGACGAGUGUGCAGAAAACCGCCUGCUCUGCCGCGGCGGGCGCUGCGUCAACACGGCCGGGUCGUUCCGCUGCGAGUGCGGGCCUGGGAUGGAAUUAGCCCCGGACAGAAUGUCUUGUAAAGACGUGGACGAGUGUUCUAUAACCAGCGGGAUAUGCUCUAACGGAGCGUGCGAGAAUCUGAUGGGGACGUAUCAGUGCGUUUGUGAUGACGGUUACGCCCAGUCGAGUGUGAAGUCCCACUGUGAAGACAUCGACGAAUGCUCCGAGGACCCGACACGAUGUGAACACGAGUGCAUCAACACGCCCGGCUCUUACCACUGCAAGUGCCGCGAGGGCUGGCACCUCCGCGCGGACGGGCGCUCGUGCCGCGACGUGGACGAGUGCGCGUCCGGCACCCGGCCCUGCGGCGGCGGCGACUGUCGCAAUACUCCCGGGUCGUACAGAUGCACCUGCGGGGAGGGGCUACUCCCGUCGCCGGAGGGGGCGAAGCCGACGUGUGUCGACGUUGACGAGUGUGCUGAGAUCCCAGACUUAUGCGGCGCGGGCGAGUGCCGCAACACAAUCGGCAGCUUCUUCUGCCGCUGCAGCCCCGGCUACUCCGUGCGGCCGGAGCAGGGCCCCGCCUGUAUGGACGACGACGAGUGCGAGCUGGGCACGUGCGACUGUCACCCGCGCGCCGACUGUGUCAACCUGCCGGGUUCGUUCCAAUGCCGCUGCCGCGAAGGCUGGCGCGGCGACGGGUUCGAGUGCGAGGACAUCGACGAAUGUGUGACCAACAAUGGCGGCUGUCAUCCACGGGCCACUUGCCGCAAUACUGAUGGAAGCUUUAACUGUCUGUGUGAUACUGGAUAUAAGGGAGAUGGCUACCAAUGCGUGGACAUAGACGAGUGCGCGAACGACCCGACGCUGUGCGAGAACGGGCACUGCGGCAACACCGCCGGCGGCUACGAGUGCGACUGCGACAUCGGCUUCACCAAGUCGCCCGACGGACGCUCCUGUCUCGACCUGGACGAGUGUGCGACGUUCCACAACGUGUGUGUGUUCGGUCGCUGCGAGAACACUUACGGCAUGUUCAAGUGUAUCUGCGACAAGGGAUACCAGCCGGAUAGCGUUGAUGAACUGAUGCCGGGCUUCAACUGCACGGACGUGGACGAGUGUCUGUCCCCGCAGUCGUGCCAGUACGGGCAGUGCGUCAACACGCCCGGCGCCUACCUGUGCCGGUGCCCGCCCAACCACGACCUGGUGUCUGAGGGGACCGCCUGCUUCGACCCCCGCCGCGCCCGCUGCUACGGCAAGGUGGACCUGCGCUCCGGCGCCGAGCAGUGCCGCGACAGCGACGAGCUCUCUGAGGACGGCAGCAUGGCGGCUUGCUGCUGCUCUGUGGGCGCGGCGUGGGGCAACUACUGCGACCUGUGUCCGGAGCCGGGCUCGGAGGAGUUCCGCCAGCUGUGCCCCGGCGGGCCCGGCUACCAGCCCGUGUUGGAGCCCCCAUCCUACGUGGUAACCCUGGCGGACAUCGACGAGUGCACCCAACACCCGGCCCUCUGUGAACAUGGGACUUGCACCAACACGUUCGGCUCCUACGUCUGUACCUGCGGCGAGGGCUGGCAGCUCUCUGAUGAUGAGCAGAAGUGUGAAGAUAUAGAUGAAUGUAUGCGGCCCGAUGUCUGCGGCCCAGGAGUUUGCAGGAAUCUUCCUGGGAGCUAUGUUUGUCUUUGUCCGGAGGGCUAUGUACCGAUGCCUUCAGGAAAGGAAUGCGUGGACGUGCGCCAGAGACAGUGCUACAUGGAGUGGGACGACGACUCGGGCCGCUGCAGCAGCGCGGUGGGCGUCCCACAGACCAAGUACCUGUGCUGCUGCUCCGUGGGCCGGGCGUGGGGCGCCCCCUGCGAGGCUUGCCCGGACAAGAGUUCCCAAGAGCACAUAACCCUGUGCGGCGCUAAACCCGGCGAAUACAUCAACCCGAUGACGAAUGAGACGAAGCAGAUCGACGAGUGUUCCAUCAUGCCGCAGCUGUGCAAGCCCGGAGCAUGUCAUGAUACUAGCACUGGCUUCCAGUGUGCUUGCGAGCAUGGCUACGAACACGACAACACGUCACACUUAUGCCGCGACAUCGACGAGUGUCUGUCGACACACGCGCCGUGCCGCGGCCUGGCGCAGUGCGUCAACCUGCCCGGGGCCUACGAGUGUCGCUGCCCCGCCGGUUACCGCAGGACUCCCUCUCAGGAUGAGUGUGAAGACGUGGACGAAUGCGCGGAUGAGAAGAUAUGCGAACACGGCGUCUGCAGAAACACUGUCGGAUCCUACAGAUGCGAGUGCGCGCCGGGCUACACGCUCCGCGACAACUCGUGCCGCGACGUGGACGAGUGCGCGCGGCCGCGGCCCGUGUGCCGCAACGGCACCUGCGAGAACCUGCCCGGGAGCUACGCCUGCCACUGUGACGAGGGGUUCAAGCCCGGGGCUAAUAAUGAUUGUAUUGACAUAAACGAGUGCCGCGAGGGCGGCAUGGUGUGCCGCAACGGGCGCUGCCGCAACACGCCCGGCUCGUUCCAGUGCGCCUGCGCCGCCGGCUACACCCUCGCCGCUGACGGACGCAACUGUCGCGAUGUAGAUGAGUGUUUGGAGCUGCCGGAGCCUUGUGGAGAGAAGGGGUCGCCUGUUUGUACUAAUACUAAUGGCGGCUACGAGUGCUCGUGCGGGCCGGGCUGGCGGCUGGCGGGCAAGCGCUGCGUGGACCGCGACGAGUGUAGAGAGAGCCACGACGCCUGCGCCGGCGGCGAGUGCCACAACUUCGAUGGGGGUUUCCGCUGCGAGUGUCCCCAAGGCUGGCGCUUCGACAAGGACGCGAUGGUGUGUGUGGACGAGCGCCGGGAGCUGUGCUACGACGCCUGGGAGGCGGGCCGCUGCCACAGAGCCAGGCCGCUGCAGCUGGGCAAGCCCGAGUGCUGCUGCUCUGAAGGCGCUGCGUGGGGCCGCUACUGCGAGCGCUGCCCGCCGCAGGACUCGCCCGAGUUCCUGCGCAUCUGCCAGGGCGGCAUGGGCCGGCCCAACCUCACUCAGGACCUAGACGAGUGUGCGGUCCGGCCGGACGUGUGCCGCGGCGGGCGCUGCAUCAACACGGACGGCUCGUACCGCUGCCAGUGCGGGCCCGGGCGCGUGCUGGACGCGGCGCGCGCCUGCGUGGACGACGACGAGUGCGCUAGAGACCCCCGGAUAUGCGGGGACGGGACCUGCACGAAUACCCCCGGGGGGUAUGAAUGCAGGUGUAACCAUGGGUUCACGCAGGGCAGUGAUCAGACAUGCGUAGACAUAGACGAGUGCCUCGAAGGCCGCGCCGCCUGCGCGUUCCGCUGCCACAACACGCUGGGCUCCUUCCGCUGCACGUGCCCGUUCGGGUACGCCCUGGCUGCCGACGGCGUUCACUGCAGGGACGUGGACGAGUGUGAUAAUGAACAGCCCGUGUGUGCCCAUGCGUGCGAGAAUGUCGUGGGGAGCUAUAUCUGCAAGUGUCCUGAAGGCUACAGAAAGACGCUAGCUCCGCAAGAGUCCCCGGACGCUUGUGAAGACGUCGACGAGUGCUCCGAACAGCCGGACCGCUGUUCGCCCGGCGUGUGCAUCAACACUGAGGGCGGGUACGCCUGCGACUGUGACGCCGGCUGGGAGCCCAGUGAGGAUGGGAAGAGUUGUAUAGACCGUCGCACCGGCAGCUGCCACCGCUCGCUGGUGUCGGGGCGCUGCGUGCCCGAGCCCCGCGCCCGCGCCUCCACGCCCGCCGCGCCCGCGAACGUCACCAAGGCGCAAUGUUGCUGCACCCUCGGCGCAGCCUGGGGCCCCGAGUGCGAGAUCUGCCCGGCGCCCGGCACCCAGGACCGCAUGGACCUCUGUUCCCCCACCAGCAUCAUGCAUACCGGCGGUGGUAGUAGCCCCGACGGCGGUAUCACCGGGGGAUUCGAUCUAGGCGGUGCUAUCGAUGUGUUUGGGGAUAUAGAUGAGUGCGCCGCCAUGCCGGGCCUUUGCGCGCCCGGACGAUGUGUUAAUACUAUUGGCAGUUUCCGCUGCGUCUGCGGUAGCGGCUACAAGCCAGCCGGUGAGAUAUGCGCGGAUAUAGACGAGUGCGCGGCGCGGCCCUCGCCUUGUGGCCAUCUCUGCAAGAACACCGAGGGCUCGUAUGAGUGUCUGUGCCGGCCUGGUUAUGAGGUGGACGAGGACGGCGCGGAAUGCCGCGACAUCGACGAGUGCGCCCGAGGGAAGCACACCUGCCAACAGAACUGCAGCAACACGGACGGCUCCUACUCGUGCUCCUGCCAGGAGGGCUACGAGACCAGGGGGGACGCGUGUGUCGACAUAAACGAGUGCCUAGAAGAAGGCAUCUGCCCCGCCCCCGGUAAAUGCGUGAACCUGCUCGGCGCCUACCGCUGCGUGUGCCCGCGCGGGUACCGGCUGGACGCGGGGGGGGCGUGCGUGGACCGCGACGAGUGCGAGCUGGGCCGCUGCCAGGCCUGCCGGAACUACGCCGGCGGCUUCCGCUGCGACUGUCCCCCAGGCACAAUCCGCUCAGCCGGCACGUGCGUCCCGCGCGACAUGUGCGCGGACGCCCCGUGCGGGGGCGCGGCGUGCUUCGCGCUCGGCGGCGCCUACCGCUGCGGGUGCCCCGCCGGGUACGCCUGGGAUAAUGCUCAUGGGGUGUGCUUGCAGAUGGCGGGCGGGUGCGCGGCGUCCAGCUGCCUGUUCGGCUGUUCGGCGCUGGGCGACAGCUACCAGUGCGGCUGCCCCGCGGGCUACGAGCUGGUCGGCGCGGGCCACUGUCUACAGGCGUUGGACAGCGGUCUCCCGCCGGACGACAUCGGCGACGUGCCCGUGUUCCCCGUGCGGGACCAGUACCGCACCGGACAUAACGACCUCAUCUCUACUGAGGGCUGCUUCAGUUGCAAGAUGAACGCGCGCCACCGCCGCGCGCCGGACGAGGGCAUCGUGUUCGCCAACGGCACCACCGUGCUGCGCCGGCGCAGGCGGCGACGCACUAGACGUCGCCGCGCCCUCUCCGAGCCGGAAGCGGAACUGCUAAUAGUAACCGCCACGCCGCAGCAGACGUGGGCGCGGGCGCCGCUGCUGCGCCUGCUGCCGGCCGAGGGCGGGGCGCGCCCACACUACCGCCUCGCCUAUGGAGACCCCGACAACGACUUCCUACUCAGCAAGCGAGACGGUGCCUGGGCGUUGAGGCUGCGACGACACAUCAAACCCAACGCCAUCUACGAGCGACAACUAGAACUAGAGGCGAGGUUCGUCACCGAUCCGUUUAAGAAACGCUGGCGGCGCCACAUAGACUCCACGCCCGCCCCGCUCAGGCUGUAUGUGUCGGUGAAGAUCGCGCCGCCCAAGCGCUGAAGUGGUUAUGUUUACUGGUUAGUUUGUUAGUUUAGCCCGCGAGGGAGUGACUGUUGUUCCGUCGGCGAUGCCGGCGGCAGUAUUAGUGUUUGUGACGGUGAUUUCAUUAUGUUUUUUAACCCGAAAAGCUCCGAGCUUUAGUUAGCCGGAGUAGGCACCCCUGUAAGGUUGGUUGUUUAUGUUAUGUCAUGGAUUCGUAAACGUCCGAUAGGGUUUGUAGACUUUGUAGGUCCAUAUUGUAUGAACGAACGAGCUAAAUGUGUAAUUUGAAACUGCCUUAAAGUAUAAGUAGGUAACCGAUUUUAUUCGACAUUUUGAAUCGAUAAACAGUCGAUGUUUUGUACCGAAUGCCAGUGAAUAGUCACCAGUGUAUGAUAACGAUAAUGUGUAAGAAUAAUAAGUACAUAAUAAGACUAUUUAUUUUAAUUAUAUCUUUGCACCGGGAACGCUAGAGUUUCUAUUAAUAAAUAUACUUAUUAAUAAAUAUCUAGGUACAAACCGCCAUAAUAUUUUUCUAUGUAUUUUUUAAAGAACUGACCUGUUAUUGAGACAAAUAAUAACGAAAUGUCAGGUUUUAUUGUUACGAAGCAAUGCAAUAAUUUAAGUACAAAAUGAUUGCAAUAUUUUUUGAUUUGUUAGAAUUUUGUAAAUAUGUGUAUACAGAUAAAAGUAAUAUAAAUAAACUUAUUGUUAGACAUCUAAAGAUAUUUUUAGUAAGUUUUAACUGAAUAAAACCGAUUAUAAUACAGUAU